CAAUUCGAUUUUGGUAACGAAUUCUGACUUAUUCAUUUACAAUAGCUAUUGUAUAUUAGAUCCAAAAUGUUAAUUAUUAUUCAAUGUAUCCAUCUUUAUUCAGGUUUUGACUUAGUUAUUUUUUAUCUUAAACUUGUUAAGAUUGUUUAUAGAACGCAUUGCGUUUCAUUUUGUUAUAACUGUAAACGUAGGAAUAAUAACAAAUUUAAUUAUAACGUUGCUUUUGUCGUAGUGGACGUUUUUAUCACUGAAAUGAAAUGUUCGCUCUCCGAUAUUUGGGUAAUAAUUAUAUUUAUUGUAAAAUCUCAAAGUGUUGAAGUAUUGAUAGAACAAGGAACGCUCUUAGGAACAAGGGCAUCGACAGUAUUCGAUGAAAAAUUGUACUACGCGUUUUACGGAGUACCUUACGCAAGUGUGCCCAUUGGAAAACUUCGAUUUAAAGACCCGAAGCCAGUUAAGAAAUGGAAGAAACCUUAUGACGCUAGGACAGAAUAUCACGGUGCUUGUGCCCAGGUACACAUUGUGCAUAAACAUGCAUUAUUCGGUUAUGAAAAUUGUCUUAAUUUAAAUAUCUAUACACCCGAAUUAUAUGACACCUUAAAGGGAGAUUUAAAAACAGUAAUUGUAUGGAUUCAUGGUUACGCAUUCACUUCUAGUUUUAGUCACAUACAUGGUCCUGACUUUUUAAUAGAAAACGACGUAAUAUUUAUUAGUUUAACAUAUAGAAUUGGUGUUUUUGGUUUUUUGAAAUUAAAAGAUGAUACGAAUGCUAAUAUGGGCUCGAAAGAUAUUGUAAUCGCAUUGAAAUGGAUACGAAGAAAUAUAAAAAAAUUCGGUGGGGAUAAAAACAAAAUCACAAUCAUGGGUAGCGGAUCCGCGGCUACACUGAUUACAUUAUUAAUGUCGAAAUAUAAAAAACUAUUUUCCAAAGCUAUAUUACAAAGCGGAAGCUUGUAUUCUCCGUCCAUAUUUCAAAUUGAUUAUGAUUUAGAAAGAAAACGGCUAAUAAAUAAACUCAAAGAUAAAGGUAUUAAUAAUAUAGUUAAAGCGUCUACCAAAGAUAUAGCUUUAGUUGCAGAGAACAUUUAUACGAAAAAGGAAGUAAUCAACUUUCAAAAACCAGUUGUUCCGUUUACGCCAAUAAUCGAGAAAAAAUCAAACCGGUCAGUGAUAUCUGAAUAUUCUUAUGACAUGUAUAAAGAAAGCAAAACAAUCGGUUUUCGUGUUCCAAUUCUGAUUGGUUUUAAUAGCCAGGAAAGUAUGUCUGAAGUCACGCCACUUAUACAUAAUUCCCGUUAUUUAAGAACCCUCAAUUCUUCUUUCAAAUAUAUGGUACCUUUUACUCGCGGUUGUAAAUUUAAUCUGACUUCCAAGUCUUAUAAAAGAGUCGCGAAAAGAAUAAGAGAAAGAUAUUUUAAUAAAGGGAUUUCUGAGAAGUCAAUACAUGACUUUCUUUAUUACGCUAAUGAACUGCAAAUCUAUCCGAUAUACAAAUUUAUACAAAAUUAUUUAGCUGUCCAAAAGAAGUUUUACGUAUACAAAUUUGACUACGAAGGAAAUUUCAAUGUUAUGAAAACAAACUCUUUAACUGGGUCGAAUACAGUGAUAAAAGGUGCAGCGGGAGGUGAUGAAAUAUGUUAUAUUCUAAAAUGCGAGCCACUUUGGGAGAGUUACGUUAAGUUGAGACACGACAUCAACGACCCAGAUAGAAUUUUAAUCCAGCAAAUAGCCAAGAUGUGGGCGAACUUUGCAAAAUUUGGUGACCCACAUCACAACAGUAAUGGCAAUGUUACGUGGCUUCCAAUGUCCAUAAAAGAAGAUAACAUCUUUAUUAUUGGUAAAGAAAACAAAUUAUCUAAUUCUGAAAUAGAAAAAAGUGCCUAUAAAUUUUGGAAUGACAUAUACAGUAAAUUUUAUGCUAAAGAAAAUUGCGAAAAAUUCCACGACGAGUUGUAGUACUGAUCUAAAAAUUAUAAUUUAAAAAGUAAUCAGUUAUUAGCAAAUAACUGUUACAAUAUAUAGGUAGGUAUGUUACCUCCUCUAUUAGUACUUGUAACAAUGAAGACUUGAUAUUUUUAAAUAAAGUUAGCAAGACAAAAUACUCUUCAUUUUACUAUACAUAACA